AUGGCUGCAGAUGCAGAAUCUGCUCCGGUGAUGGACCUUCCUAAGUCUCCUGCAUUAGAACCAGGGGGUCUCGAAGAGAAUCCAUCCCCUCCUCCUUCAGCAUUAAUGUCACAAGCUAGUGAUUUAAUUCCUAGUCCUACAAUGGGACUUACGAAUAAACCAGCUGCUGGCACAAAUCUUCCUGAACCCUCGGCUACCCGGGAUGAUGAGGAGCAAGUUGAUUAUGAAGGCUCCUCGAUUGGUGAUGCAACUGACGAAGAUAGAGGUGAUGAGGAUGCUGAAAUUGGCAAUGCGCCAGGUGACGGUGAAGGAGACGAUGGACAUGAUUCCAUGGAUGACAUCACCACUUUUGACGAUGCUCCCAAGGCUCCAUCCGAUAAAGCAUCUGGUUAUACUCCUUUUUAUCUCACCGGUUCACCUCCUCCAGGGACUACUACUGCUCCUCCUUCUUCAGAACAACAGGUCGCGCAGGUGCCAGCUCCUUUACAAGAGCAACACUUACCAGGCUCACCUGUGGCGACUGCUUCAACUACAGCAUUACCGGAGGCUAAUAUCGUGACUUCUCCUCUGGAACAGCAGGUCGUGCAGGUGUCAGCUCCUGCGCAAGAGUAG